AUGCGUUAUCAUUAUAACAUUCUCCAUAAAAACUAUGAACUGAAAUUAUUAGAAACUCUUCGAGGAAAUAAAAAAAAGGAAGAGUCUGAAAUUGAAAAACAAUUCCCCACUCUGAUAAAGUUAAUGGAAAACUUGGAGAAGUUGCCAGAGGAAAUAAGAAAAAAUGUUCGCUUCUUUGGUGGCGGACUAAUUAAUCAUAAUUUUUUCUUUACUCAUCUCGCCAAGUUCAAAGUUCAACCCAUCGACUACCAAGUUGAGAAAAGAAUUAAUGAGGGUUUGCUAAAACUUAUUAAAACUAAAUUCAUUAAAUUCGAAGGACUAAAAAGAGAAAUAGUAAAAAGUGCCUUACAAGUGCAGGGAAGUGGUUGA